AUGACAGGAGACGAGCAGGUUGCCAUGCAGCUGAAGGAGACAGAGUCAACCCAGAAAGCUGAGAAAGAAGUAUCCAGAAUGGUUGUUGUCAUGAUCCUGGCAUAUUGUUUCUGCUGGGGACCUUAUACCUUUUUUGCCUGCUUUGCUGCGGCCAACCCCGGAUAUGCCUUCCAUCCUCUGGCUGCUGCUAUGCCUGCAUACUUUGCAAAGAGCGCCACCAUCUACAACCCAAUCAUCUAUGUCUUCAUGAACCGACAGUUCCGCACAUGCAUCAUGCAGCUCUUUGGCAAACAAGUGGAUGAUGGCUCUGAAAGACAGAGUUGCUUCACAUAG